CCAGUGUCAGGGUGAACUUGCUUCAACACCUUGUAGAUGUAGAUAGCAUAGCUUUCCUUUCUCUUUCCCCUUCUCUUCUUCUUUCCAUCAGCGGCGGCCUUUGCCUUACCGGCUUUCUUCUCGCCUUUCUUUCCUGCAACUUUGGGUGCCAUGUCUGUAGAUCAGAAUGGAUUUGAAAUACCCGAGAAAUCGAUCUUUCUCGUAUUUAUACUAGAAUGACUAAAAGAUCGAUUAACAUACGGAUCGAAAUCCGCGGUUCCUGAUUGGUGCUUUGCAUGGUAUUUCAAUAAUUACUUCAGGGGUCGAUGUUUUUUGCAUGUCAUUUACUUUAUAUACAAAGGCUCUUUGAAGUGUCAUUAGACAACAAAGUUUUGAUUGGUUCUUUUCGAUCCUUCUUGCAUAAGAAAUAACCUAUAAAUUUUACAGUUUGCAAGAUUUUUAGCUAACAGAUCCACAAUUUUCGUGCGUGAGGUUAAGUUCAACUGCAACAACUAAACAUGUCUGGUCGCGGUAAAGGAAAGGCAAAGGGCACCAAGUCCAAGAGCCGCUCAUCCCGAGCAGGGCUUCAGUUCCCAGUUGGUCGUAUCCACCGUCUUCUUCGCAAAGGCAACUAUGCUGAGCGUGUUGGCGCCGGUGCUCCAGUGUACUUGGCUGCCGUGCUCGAGUAUUUGAGCGCCGAGAUCCUGGAGUUGGCGGGCAACGCUGCUCGUGACAACAAGAAGACAAGAAUCAUCCCCCGUCACCUUCAGCUGGCUGUCCGUAAUGACGAGGAGUUGAACAAACUGCUCGCCGGUGUCACCAUCGCGCAGGGAGGUGUUCUUCCCAACAUCCAGGCUGUACUUCUGCCCAAGAAGACCGAGAAGAAAGCCAAAGCUUAAAUAAGCUUUGACUCA